AAACACACCAACCUAACCAAUAUUUGGCCCCUCUCUAUCUCAACUCAACCAGAUAAUACCUCUCUUCCACCUUAUAUAUAUAUACCCCUCUUCUCUUCUCUUCAUCCAACUUGUAUAUAUAUAUAGCAUCAUAUAUCCAUUCUCUUUUACAAGCCAAAAAAGAGUUAAUGGAGGGCAGUUGCAUAGAGGAAGAAGUGGAUAAGCGUCCUUCGCCGUUGCGGCCGCCUUCGAUGCCGCUGGAGCGGGUGGGGAGUGGCGCAAGCGUAGUUCUCGAUCCGGAGGGCGGCGGCGGAGGCGGAGGCGGAGGCGGAGGCGGAGGCGGCGGGCACGAGGCGGAGUCGCGGAAGCUGCCGUCGUCCAAGUAUAAGGGGGUGGUGCCGCAGCCGAACGGGCGGUGGGGGGCGCAGAUCUACGAGAAGCACCAGCGGGUGUGGCUCGGCACGUUCAACGCCGAGGCGGAGGCGGCGCGCGCGUACGACGUCGCCGCGCAGCGCUUCCGCGGCCGCGACGCCGUCACGAACUUCCGCCCGCUGUCCGACACCGACGACGGCGACGGCGCCUCCGAGCUGCUCUUCCUCUCCUCGCACUCCAAGGCCGAGAUCGUCGACAUGCUGCGGAAGCACACCUACCGCGACGAGCUCCGGCAGAGCCGCCGGGCGCUCGGGCCGGCCGCCGCCGCCGCCGCCGCCGGGCAGAAGGCGUGCCGCGGCGGCGGGAAUUACGGCUCCGGCGGCCGCGACCACCUCUUCGAGAAGGCCGUCACGCCGAGCGACGUCGGCAAGCUGAACCGUCUGGUCAUCCCCAAGCAGCACGCAGAGAAGCACUUCCCUUUGCAGGUUGUCGGAAGCGCUUCUCCCCCAACGGCGACAGUGGCAGCGGCGGCGGCGAUGGCGACGGCGACGUGCAAGGGGGUGUUGCUAAAUUUCGAGGACGCGGCGGGGAAGGUGUGGCGAUUCCGUUACUCGUACUGGAACAGUAGCCAAAGCUAUGUGCUUACGAAAGGGUGGAGCCGCUUCGUGAAGGAGAAGUCGCUCAAAGCGGGCGACGUCAUCACCUUCCACCGGUCGACCGGGCCCGAGAAGCAGCUCUUCAUCGACUACAAGCCCCGGUCCGCCUCGGCCGCCGCCGCCGCCGCCGCCGCCGCCGCCGGNGGACCGGCCGUUCGGGUCGUGCGGCUCUUCGGCGUGAACCUGGUCGGGAUCCCGGGCGAGGGGGAGGGGCGAGGGCUCGGCCAAUGCGGCGGCGAGAAGCGGAGGAGAGCUGUCGACACGCUGACGUCAUCCGCGCAGAUGUUUAAGAAGCGAUUUGUAGAGGCUUACGAAUUGUAAUAUUAAUUAAUUAAUCGGGCAUUUUGUUUAAUUACAAUUAAUUUUUAAUCUUUUUCCCUUCUUUUUUCCUCUCUUUUUUUUUUUGUGGAGGUUGUUGUUGGGCUAGCUAUAUAAGUAGCUUGGUUUAGAACUUUAGAUUUGUCCAACAGUGGAAGUGUAUAUUAAUUAAAAAUUAAUGAUAACGAACGUAAUGAUCAAUUUUCACUUUUGACUAAUUGUAAUUUGGUUCCUGAUCUUUUGCUUAGAGUGAUUACUUUAUGAAUUUGUAAA